CUAUAAAUAGGAGGGAUGAAGCCAGCAGAGAUCAGAUUCUCUCUACAGAGACCUCUACAGCACAGACAUCCAGACAUGGCACCUUCAAUCACUACAGCAAUGACCAACUCUCAGGAACAUCUGACUCUGACACACAAGCUCAGAAAGCCUCAGGUGGAGAAGUUACGCAGAGAGCGAAUCAACAGCAGCAUUGAGCAGCUCAAGUCUCUCCUGGGUCCAGAGUUCCUCAAACAAGAGCCAGACUCCAAGCUGGAGAAAGCAGACAUCCUGGAGAUGACAGUUUGUGUCCUCAGACGACUGCAGCAGCAUCAGAUUGUGAACUCAGCAGCUGUCAACCAGGGAUUCUCCAGGUGUGUCCAAGAGACGACACACUUUCUGUCCAGACAGCAAGUGAACAUGAAGUCCCAGAGAAGACUGCUGAACCACUUCAACAAGCUGCAGCCUUCCUCUGAUAAGAACCUGAGAGAGGCUGACUUCUCUCCUCUGAGCUCCACAGUCCAGACCAGCAACACCAAAGAGAAGAGUCCAGUCAACAGCGCCCCCUGGAGGCCGUGGUAGACACCAACAGACUGGAGUUACUACCAGACAAACUGAGACGACCUCAUUGGUCAAAGAAUACUGGACUGAAAAUCAAUGUACUUGUUCUUCUGUUUGUUCAGAAGGCUGUUCUGUUCUGUUUUUAAUUUCUUGAGGAAAUGACAGAAGCUGUUUUCUUUCAAUUUAAGAAAGAGAAAAUCUUGUCAUGCAUGUUGUAUGAUCCAAAUCUGAUUGCAUCUGUGAUCUUUAUUACAGACUUUUCUGUCUGAAAAAUAUUAUUUGUCGUAAAAUAGCACAACAUUGUAUUUUGUGAAUACCUGAUAUCAUCUCAUUGAUUUAUAUAAUCAAAGUAUUUGACCAAUACUGGCCAGUUUUAUGACACCUGUUUUUGAGAUUCAGCGACAGGUUUCGGCAAAGCACAGCUACUUUUUGGUAGCAGUUUCUUUUUUUUUACUUUGUAAAAGACAUCAGACCCAUGUUGGGUUCUUCACAUUCUUCAAUCAACAUGUUUUGUUGUGUCAACAAUUGUUUAUCUGAAUGUUAUUUUCUCUCAGUUUUAGAGAGUCUGUUCACUUUGUUUAGGUUAUUCUAAACAAUAUCCUGUGUUUUAUAAAGAAACUAAAUUUGUUCACUCGGCUCUAUUUGAGCAAAUUGUCUUGGAAUACAAGGUUGUACUUGUGAUGUAUCAUCACCGUUAGUGCCUCUAUGUUUGGCACACUGAAUAAUGUGAAUAAAAAAACAUCAACUGCA